AUGGGGUACGAAGGGCAAGAGAGCGGCCAUGAAGAGGGCGUGAUGGCGACUGAUUUCUUUUGGUCGUACACAGACGAGCCGCACGCUUCCCGGCGGCGACAGAUCCUCUCUCAGUACCCUCAAAUCAGGCAGCUCUUUGGCCCCGACCCCUUUGCUUUCCUCAAGAUAGCCGCAGUUGUACUGCUCCAGCUAUGGACCGCGACUUAUCUCCACAAUGCCUCAUGGACAAAAAUCUUAAUCGUUGCCUAUUUUUUCGGUUCUUUCCUCAACCAUAACCUCUUCCUUGCCAUUCAUGAGCUCAGCCACAACCUGGCUUUCUCAACCCCAGUUUACAACCGAUGGCUCGGCAUUUUCGCCAACCUCCCCAUAGGUGUGCCCAUGUCCGUUACCUUCCAAAAGUACCACCUUGAGCACCACAGAUUCCAAGGGGUAGAUGGUGUCGACAUGGAUGUGCCCAGCCUAACCGAGACCAAACUCGUUCGAAAUGUAUUCACAAAAUCCAUAUGGGUCCUUUUUCAACUCUUCUUUUACGCUCUACGCCCCCUGUUUCUCAAGCCGAAGCCACCUGGCAUUUGGGAGUUUGUUAAUCUAUUUAUCCAGGUCGGAUUAGAUGCUGGCAUGGUUUAUUUCUGGGGCUGGAAGUCUCUCGGUUACUUGAUUUUGUCCACUUUUGUUGGGGGAGGAAUGCACCCGAUGGCAGGCCACUUUAUUUCGGAACACUAUGUGUUUAACCCGGAACAGGAGACUUAUUCAUAUUACGGGCCAUUGAAUCUUAUGACGUGGAGCGUGGGCUAUCACAACGAGCACCAUGAUUUCCCGAGGAUACCGGGAAGUAGGCUUCACAAGGUGAAGGAGAUUGCGCCCGAGUAUUAUAAUAGUUUGGAUUCGUACAGGUCUUGGAGCCAGGUGAUAUACGCAUAUAUUAUGGAUAGGACAGUGGGGCCCUUUAGCCGGAUGAAGAGGAGCUUGUCCACAAAGUCCAUGAAUAAAUCGGAGUAG